AUGGCCAUGUAUUUUGCUGUAUUAUUGUUUGUUUUGAUUCUUGUAUUACAGCAAACAAUACACACAGAUUCGUUUCUUUCACCUAUUCGACGUACUAAUAAUAAUGAAAAUCGUCGAUUACAUACUAUUCGACGUCUUCGAGCUCCACUUAUGGGUCGAUCAUUAUUACCAACCAUACAAAAAAAUGAUGAUGAUGAUGAUGAUUUUAUUAAUGAUGUAUCAAGCACUAGCAAUAUGAAUGAUGAUGAAUUACCUGUUGUUACUAAACGACGACAUGGUAGUGUACCGUUAUUUGGUCGACGAUGGAUACUUGGAAAACGACGAGGACCACUUUAUGGUUAA